UAUAGCAUUUCCAAGUCAGAGUAUGUUCACAUGGCAUUCAGUAACACUUCUUUGUUUGUUUCAAGAUCUCUAUUGCCACUUGGAGGUUAAUUCUACGUCCUCUGUGGUGGGUGAUGGUGAUAUAUUCCAUCUGUAUCUUGUUGUUGAUCUACACAUAUCAGUUUGAUAACAUGCCUGUCUACUGGCAUAAUGCAACAGGGCUAUCGGACCAAUGGCUGUACAAUCUUGGACUUCGCCAACACACAAAAGCCAGCCUUCUGUUAGAACUUCUUACACCCACUGCCUUUUCAAUCAUUAUUGUUAUACAACUACAUUUCUUCCAUCGUCCAUUUCUGGCCAUGAUUGAUUUGAAAGUGAGAUCUAGCCCCACAGCCCACCAAUCAGCAGCAAGAGGUGCUGUAGAACCACAUACCACUGCCUCCACCUCCCAACAAGAUGGCGCCGGACAUUCAGAGCCUGCACGGGAGUCCCGGCAGAAUACUCAGAAGUCUUUUCUGGUGGUGGCACUUAUCAAGAUCGUGAACUUUUACAAUGAUCUAACUGUUUUCCUUUGGAGAGUUGGAGAACUGCACAUGUUGAAACUGGUCAAUUUGACACUGAUUUUUGUGGUGCUUUAUCAGGUUGGGUGAACUAAUGAUUUUCAUUUUUUA